AUGAAACUAAACGUGUCUUUGUGGCAUGUGGCUGUGGAGGAGGUGCAGGGUGUGGAGGAGGUGCAGGGUGUGGAGGAGGUGCCGGGUGUGGAGGAGGUGCAGCGUGUGGAGGAGGUGCCGGGUGUGGAGGAGGUGCAGAGUGUGGAGGAGGCGCAGGGUGUGGAGGAGGUGCAGGGUGUAGAGGAGAUGCCGAUUGUGGAGAAGGUGCAGCGUGUGGAGGAGGUGCAGCAUGUAGAGGAGGUGCAGCUUGUAGAGGAGGUGCAGCAUGUGGAGGAGGUGCAGUGUGUGGAGGAGGUGCCGGGUGUGGAGGAGGUGCAGAGUGUGGAGGAGGCGCAGGGUGUGGAGGAGGUGCAGGGUGUCGAGGAGCGUGUAGAGGAGGUGCAGCAUGUGGAGGAGGUGCAGCGUGUAGAGGAGGUGCAGCGUGUGGAGGAGGUGCAGCAUGUGGAGGAGGUGCAGCGUGUGGAGGAGGUGCAGCAUGUGGAGGAGGUGCAGCGUGUGGAGGAGGUGCAGCAUGUGGAGGAGGUGCAGCGUGUGGAGGAGGUGCAGAGUGUAGAGGAGAUGCCGAUUGUGGAGGAGGUGCAGUGUGUGGAGGAGGUGCAGCGUGUGGAGUAG